AUGACCAGAUUUCUAAAGACCAUUAUUCUCAUAGAUCAGUUCUUAUUUGGAAAUGAAAGUGGGCAAUUUGUCAUUAACAGAAUCAUUAAUAUGGGCACAAAAAAAAAUGAUCGUCAGAUUGAUGGGUCCCUUUCUGCUCGGGAGAAAGUAGGCUUAGAAGACUUUGUUUUGCUGGAUUCCCAUACCAGUGAAGCGGCUUUCAUGGAGAAUCUGCACAAGAGAUUUAUGGAGAACCUCAUCUAUACGUACAUAGGAACGAUGCUGGUAUCAGUGAAUCCAUACAAGGAUUUGGAGCUGUAUACUGAGAGGCAGAUGGAGCUGUACCAAGGAGUUAAUUUCAUUGAGUUGCCACCACACAUAUACGCCGUGGCAGAUAAUGCUUAUAGAGUGAUGUGCACAGAGCAGAAUAACCAAUUCAUCCUCAUAUCAGGAGAGAGUGGAUCUGGGAAAACCGAGACAUCAAAGAAGUUACUUCAGUACUUGGCCAUAGCAUGUCCAUUCACAGAAAAGCUUCAUACAAUCAGAGAUCGUCUCCUCUUAUCCAACCCUGUGCUAGAGGCUUUUGGUAAUGCCAAAACACUCCGUAAUGACAACUCAAGCAGAUUUGGAAAGUACAUGGAUGUACAGUUUGACUACAAGGGUGCCCCGACAGGAGGUCACAUACUGAGUUAUUUGAUAGAGAAGUCUCGGGUGGUUCAUCAGAAUCAUGGGGAGAGAAACUUUCACAUCUUCUACCAGUUGCUGGAAGGUGGAGAAGACCACCUAAUACGCUGGUUGGGCUUGCAGCGUGAUCCACAACUAUACAGUUACCUCAUCCAGGGUGAGUGUGCCAAAGUAGACUCUAUCAGUGACAAAGCCAAUUGGAAGCUCGUUCGUAGAGCAUUCACCAUUGUUGAAUUCACAGAAGCUGACAUUGAGAAUCUUUUUGGACUGGUAGCCAGUGUCCUCCACCUCGGGAACAUUAAGUAUGAAGAAGACAGCCAUGGCCAUGCCAUUAUCAGAGAUGGUACUCAGUUACAAAUAAUAUCUAAGCUGCUCGGUUCCCCUGUAUCUAUUAUGCAAGAAGCACUAACACAUAGGAAGAUUGAAGCCAGGUCUGAAGAGGUUCUCAGCCCUCUGAGCAUUGAAUUAGCUUAUUAUGCUCGUGAUGCUCUUGCCAAAGCCAUGUAUGGAAGGUCUUUUGACUGGCUUGUAAAGAAAAUUAAUGGUUCCCUGGCCAAUAAGGACCCAUCAAAGAAAACUGUGAUUGGAUUGCUGGACAUUUAUGGCUUUGAAGUGUUUGAAACAAACAGCUUUGAACAGUUCUGCAUUAAUUACUGCAAUGAAAAACUUCAGCAGCUUUUUAUUGCUAUGACACUGAAGGCUGAACAAGAGGAAUAUGAAACAGAAGGAAUUGAGUGGGAGCCCGUGCAGUAUUUUGACAACAAAAUCAUCUGUGACCUUAUUGAAGAGAAGCACAAAGGAAUCAUCGCCAUAAUGGAUGAGGAAUGUUUAAGACCUGGAGAAGCCACAGACCUCAGUUUCUUAGCAAAACUAGAGGAGAAGGUUGGGGAUCAUCCCCACUUCCUAACGCGCAAACUCGCAGGUUCAGGUACCAGAAAAACAAUAGAUUGGAUAGAUUUCAGACUUAUCCACUAUGCUGGGGAAGUUACAUACUGUGCUGUGGGCUUCUUAGAGAAAAAUAAUGACUUGCUGUAUAGGAAUCUGAAAGAGGUGCUGGUAAAAUCUAAAAACUACAUUUUAAGGGACUGUUUUCAUGCCUCUGAAUUGGACAACAGGAAAAGACCUGAGACGGUAACUACACAGUUCAAGAACAGUCUAUCAAGCCUAAUAGGAAUCUUAAUGUCAAAGGAACCAUCAUACAUAAGAUGUAUCAAACCAAAUAAUGCCAAACAGGCAGGAAAGUUUGAUGAUGUAGUGAUCCGUCAUCAGGUCAAGUACCUGGGUCUGAUGGAGCACUUAAGGGUCAGAAGAGCAGGAUUCGCUUACCGCAGGAAGUACGAGAUAUUCUUGCAGAGAUACAAAUCAUUAUGUCCAGAUACUUGGCCCAACUGGAAUGGUCCUGCUCGGGAAGGAGUAGAAAGACUGGUGAAGCAUCUUGGUUACCAAUCCAAUGAAUAUAAACUAGGAAGAACAAAGCUGUUUAUACGUUUUCCUCGCACAUUAUUUGCCACUGUGGAUUCUUUUGAAAUAAAAAAGCAUCAGCUGGUUUCAAAAAUCCAGGCCAAAUACAAAGGGUGUUUAGGAAAAAGAGCUUUUCUGAAACAGAAGAAAGCAGCUAUUAAGUUGGAGUCGUGCUGGCGGGGAGUAUUGGCACGUAAAUCAGCCAAAAAAAGAAAGUGGGCAGCCCAGGUUAUCCGGAAGUUUAUACAGGGUUUUAUCAACCGCAAUGAGCCUCAAAAUAAUAAAAACAAAGAUUUCAUUGGCAUCAUGCAGUACAACUAUCUCUGGAAGCUGAGAGACCACGUGCCCAAACAUGUCCUGGAUAAGACUUGGCUUAACCCACCAAAAGCCCUGACAAAGACGUCAGACUUGCUACACAAACUCUGUAUGAGGAACUUGGUGAGAAAAUACUGCAGGGCAAUCACGCCUCAAAGGACAGAGCAGCUCCAGUUGAAGACAGUGACCAGUGAAGUUUUUAAGGGAAAGAAAGAUGGUUACAAACAGAGCAUCAACCAACCCUUUGAAGAGACAAGGCUCAGUGAACAGGAUAUCAACCCAAAAGUGCUUCAACUCAUGAACUACGAGAGGAUUAAAUAUGGCACCAUGGCUAUCAAGUACGACAGACAUGGGUUCAAAGCCCGACCCCGCCAUCUCCUGAUGACACAGUCAGCUGUCUUUGUGACAGAACAAGCCAAGAUCAAGCAGAAGAUUGACUAUGCUAGCCUUAAAGGAAUUUCUGUCAGUAACAUGAGCGAUGGUUUCCUGAUCAUUCAUGUAUCUCCAGAGGACAACAAGCAAAAGGGAGAUGCCAUAUUACAGUGUGACCACAUAUUUGAAACCGUCACUAAAUUGUCUGUGUUGUCAUCAAAGCAAGAUGCAGUCAGUAUCGCCCAAGGAAGCAUCACUUUUCAUUUCCAAGGUAAAGAAGGGAUUAUUGAUUUCGUAUCAGGGCCCGAGACUCAAGUGUACAAAGCAAAGAACGGACACUUGACAGUGGCAUCUCCUAAACUGAAGUCCUAACCAAUAACAUCUGCACAUCAUAUUUUGAG